AUGAAGGCAGCCCUGAUAGCUGGACUGCUGCUGAUCACCAUAUCCGGUCUCAACGCGGCCACCGAUCGAAUCGUCUGUUACUUCGGCAGCUGGGCAACGUACCGGGUCGGUAAUGGCAACUUCGAGGUGGAAAACAUCAACCCCAAGCUCUGCACGCAUAUCAUCUACGCGUUCGUUGGGCUGGACACGAAGGGCAACGUGAAGAUUCUGGACGAAUGGCAGGACAUUAAGCUCGGUGGGUACAGCCGCUUCAUCAGCCUGAAGGCGCAAAGCCCCAGCGUUAAGCUGAUGGUGGCGAUCGGUGGCUGGAACGAGGGUUCGCUUACCUACUCAAACAUGGCCAACUCGGACCUGCUGCGGGCGGUGUUCGUGGAGUCGGCCGCCACCUUCCUGACACGCUACGGCUUCGACGGUCUCGAUGUGGACUGGGAGUAUCCAACGCUUCGCGGUGGCUCAGUCGACGAUCGAGUAGGCUUUGUGAAGCUGUUGAAAGAUCUACGCGCCCGGUUCGACCGGGAUGGGUUGCUGCUGUCGAUUGCCACGGCCGCCACGAAGGAUUACCUUCCGUCGGCGUACGACGUACCGCAGAUCGUCAAGUACGUCCACUUCGUGAACCUGAUGGCGUAUGAUCUGCACGCCUACUGGGACUACCAGACCGGUGCUAAUGCGCCGCUGUACGCGAACUCGUGGGAAACCGGCUACACGACCAGCAUGCUGAACGUGGACAAUUGCGUACGGAGUUGGCUAGCGGCGGGUAUGGAAACGUCCAAGUUGAACCUAGGUGUCCCAGCGUUUGGCCACACCUUUAAACUAUCCUCCACCGUGGAUACCCGGAUCGGUGCGGCUACCAUUGGACCUGGCGAAGCGGGACCUUACACCCUGGAGGCGGGAUCGCUUUCGUAUCUGGAAGUUUGCGAAAAGCUUAAAGCUGGUGGCUGGGUGACGGUCUGGGACACGACCCAGCAGAUCCCGUACGCUUACAGUGGCAACCAGUGGAUCUCGUACGAUAGCACGUACUCGAUCGCCCUGAAGGUGCAGUACGCCAAGUGGAUGAAUCUGGGCGGCAUUAUGGUGUGGUCGAUCGAGUCCGACGAUGCGCGGGGUGUCUGUGGUGAGGGAACACACCCGAUAACGUCGACCGUGUACCAGGAGGUGUUCGGUUCGGCGCCCGUCACUACGGCCGCACCGGUUACCACCAAAGCCCCAACUGCUGCUCCCACGGUCGCUCCUGACACUACGACUACUACCACUGCUCGAACUACGACCACUACAACGACGAAGGCCACCGUAACCACCAGCAAACCGGCUUGUGAUAGCUCCCAGAAAUUGGUCUGUCCUGCUGCCGGUUACCUGGCGGACCCGUGCGACUGUGGAGCCUUUUACCAGUGCAUCGCUGGAUUGCCAGUACAAUCGAACUGGAGGCUGACCUGCCAAACAGGUCUUCAGUUUAACAAAAAUUCCAACACGUGCGACUACGCGUUCAACGUGCAAUAUAAGGUGUUCUGCUACUACAGCAACGAGGCGGCUUACCGCGUGAACAAUGGCACGGUGACGAUCGAGGACUUUAGCACCGGGCUCUGCACGCACAUCAUCUACAAUGCGAUCACCAUCAGUUCCACCGGAAUUGUUCAGCUGCUCGACAGCUACACCGACGCCACCAACGGUGGACUGGUCCGGCUGCAAGCGUUACGCCAGCAGCACUACCCCACGGUAAAGUUCCUGAUCGGUGUCGGGGGUCCUACGGCUAGCUCGAAAACGUUCUCGAAGGUGAUGGCUGACGUGACGCUGCGGGCCAAAGCCGUAGCCUCACUGAUGACCUUCGCCCAUCAAGACUACCAGUUCGAUGGAGUGGACUUUAACUGGCAGUACCCGGUGCUGCGUGGAGGCAAUCCGGAGGAUCGUUCCAACUUCAUCGCGUUCAUCACCGAGCUGUCGGCCAAUCUGCAUAUGUACAGCAUGCUGCUGACGCUGACGGUCGCACCGACCGACGAUUACUUCAUGUCGAGCUACGACGUCCCGAACCUGGCCCGGUACGUGGACUACUUCGCGAUCCAGUCGUUCAAUAUGCGCGGGUACUGGGAUGGAAAGACGGGCCACCAGGCACCGAUGCGGGUCAGUGGCACCGAGGGAUCGACACUGGAGGCCAAACUGAACGUGGAAGCGACGGUGAGCGGUUGGAUCGCUGGUGGUGCCGCAGCCGGGAAGCUUCUGCUCGGGGUGUCCGCCACCGUCAACACGUUCACCCUGUACGAUCCGAAGCUGAACGGGCUCGGUGCCCGCACGGCCGGCCGUGGAAGUCCCGGACCGUACACCACGACCGAAGGCAUCCUGUCGUACCACGAGCUGUGCGAGAAGAAACUGGCUGGCGGCAUGGUCCGGAUCUACGACAGUACGCAGCAGGCGUACUACGCUUACGACGACGAUCGCUGGAUGACGUACGAUGAUCCAGCGAUCGUGCCCACGAAAGGCACGUACGCCAUCCAGCGCGGACUGGCCGGUGUGGCGUUGUUCAGCGCGGAGAACGAUGACGUGGGUAACUAUUGUCGCACCGGACGCUACCCGGUCCUGAGUGCCAUCAAUCAGGGGUUGAACCGGGUAGCGGUAGAAGUGCCGAUCACUACGACUGCCGGUGCGGUCAAGACCACUACGAGCACCACUACGAAGUCGACUCCGGUGGCGACGGAAGCGUAUCCCGAGAUCUGCCCAUCGAGCGGGUACGUCUGUGAACCGCCAGACUGCUCCACCUACUACCGGUGCAUACCGAAUGGGGUGUUCCUGACCGCUUGGAAGUACAGCUGCCCCACCGGACUCGUUUUCAGCCUGAAGGCGUUAACCUGCGUCUAUACCUAG